AUGGGGCCUAGGGGACAACAAACGGCAGAGGACUCUACAAGUGGAGCUCGGGACCACAUCAGGAAGUGGCGCCUGGGACGGCGACGACUCGACAGCCCCGGCAAGCAGCUUGGGCGUCAGGCUGAGUGGAAAUGCUACGUGCUGGCGCCGAGGGGGGGGGGGGCCCACGGGGCGGCGCAACAUCGCCGGGAGGACGCCGGCGCCGCCAUCUUCCCUCCGGGCGGAAGCGGCCGCGUGCCGGCCCCCCCCCACCCCCGGGCGCCGAAUGAGAAGCACGCGCGGGUCCACGUGACCCCCCCCCCAAGGGCGCCCAGUGAGAAGCGCACGGGGAGCCACGAGACCUCAGGCCUGGGCGCCGAGGAGCGGCGCGCCCUGGAGCGCGAGCAGGCGCGGCACGGGGACCUGCUGCUGCUGCCCGCGCUGCGCGACGCCUACGAGAACCUCACGGCUAAGGUGCUGGCCAUGCUGACCUGGCUGGACGAGCACGUGGCCUUCGAAUUCGUGCUCAAGGCGGACGACGACUCGUUCGCGCGGCUGGACGCGCUGCUGGCCGAGUUGCGCGCCCGCGACCCCGCGCGCCGCCGCCGCCUCUACUGGGGCUUCUUCUCGGGACGCGGGCGCGUCAAGCCCGGGGGCCGCUGGCGCGAGGCCGCCUGGCAGCUCUGCGACUACUACCUGCCCUACGCGCUGGGCGGCGGUUACGUGCUCUCGGCCGACCUGGUGCACUACCUGCGCCUCAGCCGCGAGUAUCUGCGCGCGUGGCACAGCGAGGACGUGUCGCUGGGCGCCUGGCUGGCACCGGUGGACGUGCAGCGCGAGCACGACCCGCGCUUCGACACCGAGUACAAGUCCCGCGGCUGCAGCAACCAGUACCUGGUGACACACAAGCAGAGCCUGGAAGACAUGCUGGAGAAGCACCAGACGCUGACGCGCGAGGGCCGCCUGUGCAAGCAGGAGGUGCAGCUGCGCCUCUCCUACGUCUACGACUGGGCCGUGCCGCCCUCGCAGUGCUGUCAGAGGAAGGAGGGCAUUCCGUGAGCGCCGCCCCUGUCCCCGGGACUCCGCGCGCACUGCAGCUCCUCUUCGUGCUUCCGCGCUAGAGGGGAGGCCAGGACAGACGCCUUGGGAGGUGGCUGCUGCAGCAAGAGUCACUCGGGGGGUCUGUGGAGCUGCGGCUGAGGUGGCCUCCCACCGGCCUUCCACUGGCAAAGCUGACAGGUUCUGGCUAGUUAUUUGGGAUGAAUCCAGCCCUCAAAGGGACCUGGUUUAUCCAGUGAUGGGUGAAGCUUUUGGGCAGAUGCCAAGCGGCAGUGGACAACUGCUGGGCCCCGGCUCCCGUCUGCACCCCAGGGAGUGCACCUCAGGGGCCAUACAUGUGGGCUCAUUCAAGAGCAUCUUUUUCUGGGCCUGGGAGACCCUUGAGGCUUGCCACACCAUCACAUCAUGGCCAGGUAGAAAUGUCCUGUCCCUGGAUUUCAGCCAGCAUUUGCCUGGACUGGGAACAUGCCCAGCUUUGGGGGUGACGGCAGGCAGAGCCUCCUCCAGUGUGCAGAGGUUUGCAGCCCCCCCACCUGUCCACUUGCUGUCCUGUGCCACGGUGGGGGCAAGGAGCCAGAGGCUGGAGCUGACAGGCACUUGCAGAACCUGACCUGAAAGGAAGAAUUCUGACUUGUUUGGGAUGGGGACUGUGCCACGGCCCACGUCCGCUGUACCCACCGUCCACCUAGGAAAUCACCCUGCGCCGAGAGCCAUGACUGCUGUAAACUGACCCGCAGGCCCUGGUGUGUUGCAACUUACCUGCGUGUUGCAGCCCAACGGCUUUUAUCAAAAUUACUGUUGCUUUGUUUCGUUAGGUUCCCUUCUUUCUCGU